GAAAGAGAGAGAGAGAGGUGGACUGAUGGGAGAGGUGGAAAAAUUGGAUGUCUGGUCAGAGGGAGGGAGUAUAAAAGGUCAGCUUUGAGGGGGAAAGUCAGGCCAAGGAGAAUUUGGAUAACCACACAGGAUAUUUUACUGCUGCGCAGAUCGUCUCUCCACGCACCAAUGGCGGACUUUGACAUGGUUCUGAAGUGCUGGGGUCCAGUGGAGGCCGAUUACACCACUCACGGCGGGCUGGUUCUUUCCCGUUUAUUCACAGAGCACCCGGACACCCAGGCGCUGUUUCCCAAGUUUGCCGGCAUCGGCCAGGGCGACCUGGCCGGCAACGCGGCUGUUGCCGCCCACGGCGCCACGGUGCUGAAGAAACUGGGCGAGCUGCUGAAGGCCAAGGGCAACCACGGGGCCAUCCUCAAACCCCUGGCCACCACCCACGCCACAAAGCACAAGAUCCCCCUUAAGAACUUCGAGCUGAUCGCCGACGUGAUCGCUAAGGUCAUGGGGGAGAAGGCCGGGCUGGACGCCGCCGGGCAGACGGCACUGAAGAACGUGAUGGGCAUCGUCGUCGCUGACAUGAACGUCACUUACAAAGAGCUGGGAUUCGCCGGCUAAGCCGGAGUCCCGACUCCCGAGUCAUGCUGGGAAUAAACAACCUCUUAUCUUCAUUUAAAAGCAACUUUAUAAUCUUCCGUAUGAGUCACAACAUAGAUCAUUGUUAGAUUACUAAAAUAACAUAAUCAAUACUAUUAUUUAUAUAUAUCUAUAUAUAGAUAUAUAUAAAAUAAUUUCUUAACUUGACUGCUUUGAAAAUGAAUAGAUUUUCUAGGUUUUUCUUCCAAAUUACUGGCAAACAAGUUUAAUGUGGCGUAGGUCGUUGUCUUGUCUUAUAAAUCCUUCUGUUGCUCUUUUCUCUUCCUAUAUUUGGUCACAUCCCAGUGUUUUAUUUGCUGAAUUUAAUAAAAAUCAUACAUAACAACA